UUCAACCGCAGGGGGCAUUGGGAUUGAUAGGGAUGUUUCCAUCAUGGCGGCAUCCAUUUCAGGUUAUACUUUCAGUUCUGUGUGUUAUCACAGCGCCAACAGCAACUCAGAUCACGAGGGCUUCCUAUUAGGAGACGUGAGGCAAGAGGAGACGGUCAGCAUCAGCGACACACAGAUCAGCAGUGCAGAACUGCUGCAGAUAGUAGAAGUCCAUAACCAUGAUCCUUGUGCACAGUUAUUUAGCUUUUAUGACUACGCAGGUAAAGUCAAUGAAGAAAAUCUCAACAGCAUUCUUAAAGACAGGAGGAAAAAUGUUAUUGGUUGGUACCGGUUCCGGAGGAACACGCAACAACAGAUGUCGUUCAGGGAGCAGAUUAUCCACAAACAGCUGACUCAGCUGCUGGGUGUGCCCGACCUCGUCUUCCUUCUUUUCAGCUUCAUCUCUACUGCCAACAGCUCCACACAUGCUCUGGAGUAUGUGCUCUUCAGACCCAACCGCAGCAGGUACAACCAGCGGAUCACCCUCACUAUCCCAAAUCUUGGUAACACAAGUCAGCAGGAAUAUAAAACCUCAUCAGUACCCAACACGUCUCACAACUACUCAAAGGUCAUCAAAGAGCACGGGGCUGAGUUCUUUGACAAAGAUGGUGUGAUGAAGGAUAUUCGAACAAUAUUCCAAGUCUACAGCGCGCUACAAGAUAAAGUCCAGGCUGUGUGUGGGGAGGUAGAACAAAGUGAACGUGUUAAAGAGAAAAUUCAAGAGGAUGUGAACAAACUCAAACAACAAAUUGCUCUCCGGAAGCGCAUGAGAGCAGAAGAGGAGAGAAGGCUCCAUGAGGACUCCCAUUCCACUCCGGAGGAGAAUACGGAACCUUGUGAGGCUACGCUUCUUUCCAGGAUCAGUUUUGAUGCACCUUCAGCCCCAGAGCGGCCCAGCACCUCACCAAACCCACCAUCUUACACUGACCUCUUAUCCCAAACUGUAAAUGUGCUCUCCUCCUCCUCUCCACCGACCAGUGCUGCUCUGUUGCCCCGGCCUCAGGCUGUGGGCUCUCCAGGACACCCUACACCCAUCCCACUGGGGCCGGACCUGGGUCUCGGCAUCAGGCUGAACAUGGGCCUCGGUGCCACUUUAAAUCCCGUUAGCACUCCCAGCACUCCGUACCUCGGUAACGGUGACGGUUCGAGCUCUGAUUCAUUAGACAGACAAGCCGCAGGCCAGGAAGAUGAUGAUGAAGAGGAUGAAGAAGAUGAGGACAGUAGUGAAUAUGAAAACUUGGUGAGCGAAGGAACUCAUCUACCUUUAGUUCCAGAUGGUGUCUUGUCUCAAGGCCGGCCAGCAGCCCUGAACCCCGAUGGGGACGCUCGUGGCUCACAAAUGACAUAGAAACUCGUCACAGGAUUUGAGCCGGACACAAAUAAGUGACGCAUCUGAAGCAAUCAAAAAUAAGCAAAUGUAGACCAACGAAGUGCCAGUCCUGAAAGUGAAAGGCAUGUGCAAGUGGUGUCCCGCUGUGUAACUCUUCUCGUCUUAGUCUGAUCUCCAUGUUAAGGGGAAACCUCUCCAGGCUUUGCAGGUGCAUCUCACUGGGCUAAAGGUUGUGUUUUUAUAUGCUCUUUGAAUUUAGGUCUUUCAAGGUACACAAGUGUGGAUCCGUCUUGUUUGCAGGUCAGACGUGAAUUUUACAGACUAAUGUACGCCAACUGGUUGGCGAGCUUGCUUUCAAAAAGACCGGCCCACACUUUAACAUUUUGUCUUCGCCUUCCUGUCUCAAAUUUGCGUCCCCACUUAAGCACCCUUUCUUGCAUUACCUUCUUGCACACUAUUAUUUUGAGGCAAUCUUCAACUUGUCUGGUUACUAACGUCAAACUAUUAUAUUAUUUUUAGAUAUUUAUAUUGAGAUUGAUCUUGGACUUUACCGUUUUUCAUAAACCAAAACGGUUGCCCAUUUAAAUCAGAAACAAUGAUGAAUAGAGGAUUUCAAACAACAAUCACUUCUCUAAUGGCUGCUUUUUAUAUUAAUCCCAAUAUAUAUAUGUAUGUUUUGUCACGUUAAACAUCUAACAUGACUCACUGUAGUGUCAAUGUCUUGAUUUUCUGGGAUUUUACUGAAACUUUUGUUUUGCUGAAAAAUGAAGAUUUCUUUUCGCUGCUAUACCAAUGCUGACAUGCUGUGCCACUUGCCCUCUUCAACCACCUUGAGUCAAACUUUUUUUUUUUUUUUCAUCGUAAAGCAUUAACAGGGAUAACACGGUAUAUUGUAGCUUUACUAGCUAGUUGCUUAAUAUUCCCUUUGCUGCUGCAACACAGAGUAACUAGAAGUUGCAUCUGUUCUUUUUAAGAUAAAACAUGGCUGCUACUUUCAUUUUACCGUAUUGGCUGUUAAAGUACUACUGACCACUCUCAUCACUGAUCAUUGCUUUGUCUCUAUUAAAGCUUUAAUAGAAGACAGAUACCCACUGUAGUGUGUGAGCUGUCACCUUGGAAACGGAUCGGUCUCUUGUCUUUGUGUAAUUAGCCAUCACACAUCUAUCCUGGCCUGCUUGGGUAAGCGUACAGUGUGUGGACCUAGGUAAUGUGAUUUUAGCAUGACCGCUGCAUUAGACUACAGUGCCUUAUACUCAGGACAAUUCAUAACGACUCAAAUCUCUGUAGAGGAAAGAAAUAAGACAAUUUUCUUUUAAGCUUACAGAAAUCCUCCAAGUUUGUUUUCAUGACGUUUAAGUUCCACAGCUAUGUGCUUCCCAUUUCUGGUGUUUCUAAUCGAUCUGAAACAACCAUCGCUAUAUUCUGAGCGCAUUUCCCUUGUUGCUGUCAGUAAUGUUGAAGUUUGCCUGCAUCUUAUGGCUACAAAUGUUAAUUUUUUUGACACUGGUACCAGAUAAUGGAACAGUACAAAGAAAAGAUGAGGAGAAUAAUGACCGACAAGCAGAAAAAUGCAUUUACAGAUCUGGCCUGAAGGAGAUGGUGACUGAUUUUUUAAAAAGGUUUCCUUGCAUGGUUCAUUGUUGACAUUGGUGGAUGAUCGCACGUUACGGACACUUUUGCCUUGUAAGCAAGCUUUGCUUUACUUACACAUGCUGUUUGUAUGUACCUUUUUUUUUUUACUUUAGGGACAUUUCACUUGCUUCUAUGUGUAAUGCCAAUGCAUCACUGACCAGGAACUGGCACUUAAAAUGUUGCUUAAUAAUUACCAAGAGUUACAAUCACACAAUGGAAGAUUACAAAAAAUCUGCUUGUUAAAAGUAUAAUUUCCUUACCAUAGUGGGAUUUAAGGAGGAAAUAAAUGAUGAAUGUAUUGUACAAAUAAAAAACGGGCAUGGGGUAGCAUUUAAACAGCACUUAACUAUUUUUUUUUUCUUAGUUGGACAAUGUGAGGGUAAGGAAAAUGGAGCUGAGGGUCUGUAGACUUUUAACACUUGUCUUAAUGUGGGCUCUUCUGUGACCUCGGACCUUACAGCUGAUGUGAAAACCUGCAGAACAAUGGUGCAAAAGGCCACUGGGAUGAAGCAUGAGAGAAUACACUUGACCAGAACACAGUACCUUUUAAAGUUUCACCAUAAUCCAAAUAUACACCCCUGUAAGAAUGGGAUGACCCCCUUUGCUUCUACCACGGGGAAGAGCGUUCUGACAUUAUCACCGCCUUAAAGCACAAAGUCCAGUGCACACCUUGGAUAAUCUGGGAUUUUAUCUGGAUUUGUGUAAUUUAAUGAAAGUUGACCAAGGACUUUACUUAGGUGAGCAGAGAGAUCAAGGUGCUUAAAUUGAGGGAUAAUAAAGAAGACGUUCAUUUGUGAUCCCAUCA